GACAUCUUGGCGGGCCCGUCGGUGGCACUUCCUCCUUUACACCCCGUGACCCACGUCCGGCUCGCCGCCCUCCUAGUCACGCGGCCUCUGCCUCCGGGACGCAGCCCCGCGCGCCGGCCUUCCGGACUCCAGGCCUCGGACCCGUCGUGGUUAAUAACAAAAGGAGAUGCACCUGGCUUUUGCCCGGAAUCGUCUGCGUUUUUAAGCGUCGAGUGGAAUUGGGGGUCCUUUCGCUGUAAACCACGCUUGCUUGAUGAAAGUAGAAAACGGUCCUGCUUUCAGCGGAUAAUUCGUUGCCUACCUGGAGUGUCUCUGACUGUGGGCAUCUCUCACUGUUCUCUAAGCCACAAAAAGUUGCACCCAAGCUUGUUUGACGUCUGCCCUGUCAAGUGUCCAUGAUGUUGGGCCCCGAGGGAGGUGAAGGUUUUGUGGUCAAGCUCCGUGGCCUGCCCUGGUCCUGCUCUGUUGAGGAUGUGCAGAAUUUCCUCUCCACCUGCACAAUUCAUGAUGGGGCCGCAGGCGUUCAUUUUAUCUACACUAGAGAGGGCAGGCAGAGUGGUGAGGCUUUUGUUGAACUUGAAUCAGAAGAAGAUGUAAAAAUGGCCCUUAAAAAAGACAGGGAAAGCAUGGGACACCGGUACAUUGAGGUGUUCAAGUCCCACAGAACCGAGAUGGAUUGGGUGUUGAAGCACAGUGGUCCAAACAGUGCCGACACCGCCAAUGAUGGUUUUGUGCGGCUUCGAGGACUCCCAUUUGGAUGCACCAAGGAAGAAAUCGUUCAGUUCUUCUCAGGGUUGGAAAUCGUGCCAAACGGGAUCACAUUGCCUGUGGACCCUGAGGGCAAGAUUACAGGGGAAGCCUUUGUGCAGUUUGCCUCCCAGGAGUUAGCUGAGAAGGCUCUAGGGAAGCACAAGGAGAGAAUAGGGCACAGAUAUAUCGAGGUGUUCAAGAGCAGUCAGGAAGAAGUCAGGUCAUACUCGGAUCCCCCUCUGAAGUUCAUGUCGGUGCAGCGACCGGGGCCCUAUGACCGCCCCGGCACAGCCAGGAGGUACAUCGGCAUUGUCAAACAAGCAGGCCUGGAGAGGAUGAGGUCCGGAGCCUACAGUGCAGGCUAUGGGGGCUACGAGGAGUACAGCGGCCUCAGCGAUGGCUACGGCUUCACCACCGACCUGUUUGGAAGAGACCUCAGCUACUGUCUCUCUGGGAUGUACGACCACAGGUAUGGAGAUGGCGAGUUCACUGUCCAGAGCACCACCGGGCACUGCGUCCACAUGAGGGGGCUGCCCUACAAGGCCACGGAGAACGACAUUUACAACUUCUUCUCUCCGCUCAACCCUGUGAGAGUCCAUAUUGAGAUUGGCCCUGAUGGAAGAGUGACGGGCGAAGCUGAUGUUGAGUUUGCCACUCAUGAAGAAGCUGUGGCGGCCAUGUCCAAAGACAGGGCCAACAUGCAGCACAGAUACAUAGAACUUUUCUUGAAUUCCACAACGGGGGCCAGCAACGGGGCUUAUAGCAGCCAGAUGAUGCAAGGCAUGGGGGUGUCAACCCAGUCCACUUACAGUGGCCUUGAGAGCCAAUCCGUGAGUGGCUGUUACGGGGCUGGCUACGGUGGCCAGAACAGCAUGGGAGGGUAUGACUAGUUUUGUAGUAGCAUUUGAGUUAUUUCAAUCAAAUUUUCACAGGCAGCCAACAAGCAGUGAAAAGCAGUUAUUACUCUAGAGGAAGCUGUGGGACCCGUUUUGCACCAUGAGUUUGUGAAAUCUGGAUUAAAAAAAAUUACCUCUUCAGUGUUUUCUCAUGCAAACUUUCUUCUAGCAUGUGAUAUUGAGUAAACUAAAACUAUUUUCAGCUUUUCUCAAUUAAUAUUUUGGUAGUGUACUUCUGGAGUGAUGUUAUAGCUGAGUUAUAAAGUAGUUUUAAGUAUGUUAAAUGUGGAUCUUUUACAUCAUCGUGAACACAUUGGGGAGGUGUGCUUUUCUCUCUCUCUCUCUCUCUUUUUUUUAAAACUCAAGGUGCUAGAUCCCUAAUUCAAAGAGGAACAUUUCUCAUGUUUGUUCAUUCUAGUUUAUUUUCAUUUAAAAUCUUUUAGGUUAAGUUUAAGCUUUUAAAAAGUUAGUUUUGAAAAUUGAGACACAUUACUAAUACUGUAGGAAUUGGUGAGGCCUUGACUUAAAACUUUCUUUGUACUGUGAUUUCCUUUCGGGUGUAUUUUGCUAAGUGAAACUUGUUAAAUUUUUUUGUUAACUAAAUUUUUUUCUUAAAAUAAAAAGACUUUUUCACAA